GGGUUUAGACUUUAUUGCUUAGUGCUUACUGUUUAUUGUUUAUAUUUUAAAUUGGUUCUUGUGGUCUUGAAAAGUGAAGAAAUGAAUAUUUAUUUCCAUUGAAGUUUAUAUUGAAAAUCAGGCUUUAAAUUAUUCCAUCAUACUCUAAUCCAACGUUUUAUUAUCACCAAUUACAGGUGCAUUCACAAAAUCAAUGAAAUAAAAUCUAUAGUUAGGUACUCUGAUUUUAGUGUCAUUUAGAAAAAAUUGGGGUCUUCAAAUUUGUUUUUAAUUUAUAUUAGUGUAUAUUUUAAAUCAAAGUAAGAUGCCGGCUUAUUAUUCUUGGACAACUGAUAAAAAACAAAAACACAAAGAGGUUUCACAUAGUUUUGAAGUUAAUGUACAUCCUUUGAAAGAAAACACAAUUCAAUAUGUAACUAACACAAGCAAAAGUUUUUGUGAAAAUCUCCAGAAGUGGAGUUUACCAUUUGAAGAAUUGGAUCCCUUGUUGCGCUUUGAAAAAAUGAAUUUAGAUGAGGACAAUUUGCCGCUGGAAAUUGAUAAACCAAAAAAAAGUUGUUAUCAACAGUCAUGGCACACCAAGAGAAUAUUUAUUUUAAAUAAAUAUACCACUGGAGAGAAGUUAACUAUAGUCAGUAGCUAUCUUCCGGGUGGUGAAAAGAUUAGUUCAUUUUCAGCACUUAUAAGGCAGGUAUCAAAUUUAAAUGAGAAAGUCAAGCAUCGACUGGAGCAGUUAGAUGAUUUUGAUGAGUCCUCAAUAAGAAAAACUAUGGGUUUGAGUCAACAAGAAUUUGUAACCAAAGUCCUCAUGUUGGAUGGUGAAAUUAAAAAAGCUUGGGAUUCCGAGCAACGAGUUAAGGCAUUUAAAAUUGCUAUUCAGUGUUCAAAACUACUUUCAGAUGUCAAUGUUAUGCAAUUUUAUCCAAGCAAGUUUGUGUUAAUAAGUGAUGUGCUGGAUAAUUUUGGUUCGCUAGUUUUUGAAAGAUUAAAACAUAAAAGUUUUGGAAAUAAAAAACUAAAUUUCGAUGACAUAGAUCCGAAUACAGUUCCAGAACUCGCGAAAGAAACAUGCCAAAAUUGGAUUUACAAAAUGGCGUCUAUAAGAGAACUGCUGCCUCGUCUGUAUAUGGAAAUGGCUCUGUUGCCAUGCUACGUUUUUCUCUCCAAAGAAGACAUAAAAUCCUCUAUAGAGAGAUUAACAAAAAUGAUAAGGGGUAUUGGUAACCCUCUUGUGGCAGUCUAUAUUCGCCUUUAUUUGUGCAAUGUAGCUUCAAAGCUGUAUCAAGGAUGCGAGAAAGUGUUCUACGACAACUUAAAUGAAUUUAUUGAAGAUUAUCAGCAGGUGUUCCACAAUACAAUGUUGAAGAAGUAUGGCGCUCAACUAUUAACAGCGGAUCAAUACUUGAACCUUUACACACCUGCUGUUGGCUGGAUGCUAUUCGGUACCGUCAACUUGGACACUGAUAAAAUUGCACUACUUGACGAACUACUGAAGAAGUGUGAAAAACUUGAACACAGUGAGCUUCUGUUAAGCUGUCUGGUGGCCGCAUUCGAUUCUCCAACUAUAAUACAAAAGUCUACAAAGAUCUUGGAGAUGAUCAGUAAAAAUAUUGAUGGAAUGGUGAUCGCACACCAGGUGCUAAGUUCGCUGGGGAGCCACCUGUGCAGCGUGAAAAGCUACCAGCAAUUGUCUUCCGACGUGUUGAGUGAAACUUGGUUGACGCUCGCUUGUAAGAUGAAUACCACCACCGCUAACUUCCUGCUGGUCUUGGAGCCUUGGAUUGAAUUCGCCUGCCUACAAUUGUCGAGCCAGCAGAUCAAUGUCAUACUCAGAGUAACGAUAAGAGUUAUGAUCAAAUCAAAACAACCGGCCGAUCAAUAUUCCACACAAAUUCAGUCUGUGCUGAAGAGGAUGCUCAAAAAUAUCCCCGAUGUUGAAGAACUAUUUUUGAUGGAUGCGUUUAUGCCACUAGUUGAAUUGCCACAAACGUCACAUUCGAAGACAAUGAUGGCUAAGACAGUGUUGUCGAUAUUUUUCGAGAGGUACAAGUUGUUGCACAUCGAUGAUCCGAUCGUGUUGGCAGACCUCAUGAGACUGUGCCGGAUAUUACACGAUUCUAUAAAUGCAGUGACGGUGGAAGACGAGAGCAAGGUGUGUGCGGACCUGAUAAACAAGCUGGUGGUGAUGUGCUACUGUGAUGCCCUCGAGGAGCAGCUCGGCUUCUACGUGGAGUGUCGCGGCGCAUUCAUUAAGCUGGACUCGGUUCUCGUCACACUAGUACACGCUGUAAAUGCGCUCGCGAGCCGAGCGAUGUCGAAGGAGUGCGCGGCUCCUGGUGGCCCCGCCGUGCGAGCGUGCGCCGCCUACUGCUUCAUCACAGUACCGUCGCUGUCUUGCGCGUUCACCAGAGCAUCGCUGUAUCUGUUGUCUGGACAGGUCGCGCUCAGGAACAACUGCAUCGGACAAGCUGAGGCAAAUUUUAAAGCUCUGGUCAGUAUGAUUCCGGAAAUACCAGAAUACAUACACGAGGAUGGCCAAAGGAAACCCUCACAUGAGAGAAUAUUGGGGCUUAUCAGCAAUCUCUUGUCCACUCUUUUGGUACUACCGGAUAAUGUUGACAGUAAUACCAAAGCCUAUAUACUGAGUGGACUGAUUAAAGUGAUGGAGAGGGUAUUCUGGAGCAAGACAGAGCAGCUCUACUACUCCACGCUGCUGAGAAUAUUGGACGUGUUGUGUGAGAUGACUCAGGAGAACUAUGCCUACCAUAUUAAUACAGUAAUAUCGAAUGAUGAGCUGUACGGGUCGGACGAGGAGUUUAUUAAGAGCAUGGAGAGUCAUGCGACGAACAUUUGCCAAGAGUUGCUGGUCGUUCUCAAGGCACUCGGAGACGCGAAGGAAACUAAGAAACAGUACAAUUUAGCGCUAGAAUUGUUCUGGAGGAUAAUACGACGCGGAGACCUGGAGCAAACGCCCAUGCUCAUACUGGCGAACAAGUUAUGGAUGUUGUCGCAGAAGUUGCAGGAGUCCGACGGUAAAUGCGCGAGAUCAAUGCUAUCAGCGUUGCAAGACAGCGCCCCCAGACGGCAUCUUUUGGAAAUACUCAAUGAAAACAUGAUAUAACUUAUAUUUCUCUAUAUUAUAUUCCACUCCUUAUAUCGUAUAUUAUGACAGUCUAUACUAUAAGACUGAUAAUUAAAUGUAGUUCCUGAAAAACGUUCCAAGCCACAAACAUCACAUUUUAAUUAAUUCGUGUUUAAAGUUUUAAUACAUAUUACUGUAUUCGAUACUUGUAGGUUGGGCUGGGCUACUAAGUGACGAGUUCAUUAAAAGAGUGACAGUAGGGCUGCCAUUUUUUGUCAGUCCGUUAAUAUGAAUCACGUGACCAGUUUUGUGUUCUUUUUUUUUAUAUGGAAUAGGAGGACAAUCGAGCGUGCGGGUCACCUGGUGUUAAGUGAUCACCGCCACCCACACUCUCUUGCAACACCAGAGGAAUCUCAAGAGCGUUGCCGGCCUUCAAGGAAGGUGUACGCGCUUAUCUUGAAGGUACCCAUGUCGUAUCGUCCCGGAAACACUGCACAAGGAAGCUCAUUCCACAGCUUCGUAGUACGAGGAAGAAAGCUCCUUGAAAACCGCACUGUGGAGGACCGCCACGCAUCCAGAUGGUGGGGAUGAUAUCGUAACUUGUGGCGUGUCGUGCGAAGGUGGAAUUCGGCGGCAGGAAUCAGGAUGAACAGCUCUUCGGAACACUCCCCGUUCUUAACUCAAUUUCGACAUGAUUGUGGUUUGGAACAUUUUUCGGGAAUUACGUCCAAUUAUAUAUUUAAAUGAUAUUAAAAUAAAUGUACAAUUACAA